AUGGCUCCAAGUGCAACCGAUGCGGAAACUCCGGUCAACUUGAUCCAGAAACUCAAGUCGUCCACCAAAAAUGUUGACCUUAACAUCUUUCCGGAUGGCCUCAAAACCUCAGGUCAACACCCACCAUUAUAUGAUCAGAUAUACCCAUACAGCGCCUUCCCCAAGCGCAUUGAAGGACCAACAGUAUGGAAGCCAGAAGAAUACUCCAACAACCCCGAGCGCUGGGUCCACCAGUUCUCCGCCGCCGAGAUAGAAGAGUUAUCAAACACAGCAGAUAACUUCACUGCGUCCGGCCUGCCUGUGACGGGAAUCAACAAGGAAAACUUCCCUCUACCCAUCUUGGCUCCAUCGCUAGCCUCCAUGCGCCGCGAGAUGUUGAACGGCAAAGGCUUCAUCCUGUACAAGGGCUUCCCUGUUAAUGAAUGGGGUAACCACAAGUCUGCCGUGGCGUACAUGGGCCUCGGGGCCUACAUUGGCUACCCCGUGUCGCAAAACGGGCGUGGCCACAUUCUCGGCCACGUCAAGGAUCUCGGUGAGGAUAGUACCCAAAUCGACAAAGUGCGCAUCUAUCGCACCAACGCGCGGCAGUUCUUUCACGCUGAUGACUGCGAUGUCGUCGGCCUGCUCUGCAUUGCCCGAUCCGAGUUCGGCGGCGAGUCGGACGUUGCGUCUAUCCACCACGUCUGGAAUAUCCUACAAGAGGAACGACCUGACGUCGCCGAGACGCUCACAAAGCCCAUUUGGUACUUUGACCGGAAGGGCGAGGUGUCCCAAGGGGAGGAGCCGUACAUUCGGGCGGCGGUGUACUACUUAGAGACGCCUGACCCGGCGAACCCGGACGCUGAGCAGCGCGUCUACUGCAAGUGGGAUCCGUACUUUGUCAAGAGUCUGAGCAGGUUUUCGGACGCGGGUGUCAUCCCGCCGUUGUCGCCUGAGCAGGUAGAGGCGGUGCAGGUUCUCGAGGAUACGUGUAACAGGGUGAAGCUGCACAUGGUGCUCCAGGUUGGUGAUAUUCAGUUCGUGGCCAACACGCAUACGUUGCACGCGAGAACAGCGUAUCGGGAUUUCCUGCCGGCCAGUGGGAAGCCAAGACGGCACUUGAUGAGGCUGUGGUUGAGUGUGCCGCAGGAUGAGGGCGGUUGGCGGCUGCCGUUCUGGGACUCACUUGAGAAGAAGAGGGGUGGUAUUCAGGUUGAUGAUACGCCGCCUGUUGCUCGACUCGAUGCUGAUUGA